CAGCCUCCAGCCAUGCGUCUCUCUGCUCUGCUGGCCAUGGCAUCCAAGGUCAAUCUGCCUCCCAACUACCGCUAUGGGAUGAGCCGCCCAGGUUCCCUGGCAGACAAGAGGAAGAACCCUCCGGGGACCAGAAGGCGCCCAGUAGCUGUGGAACCUAUCUCUGAUGAAGACUGGCAUUUGUUCUGUGGGGACAUGGUGGAAGUCUUAGAAGGGAAGGAUGCUGGGAAGCAAGGCAGAGUGGUUCAAGUUAUCCGGCAGAGAAACUGGGUUGUCCUGGAGGGGCUGAACACACAUUAUCGCUUCAUUGGCAAGACCAAGAAUUACCGGGGAACCAUGAUCCCAAGUGAAGCCCCACUACUUCACCGCCAGGUCACACUUGUGGAUCCUGUGGACAGGAAACCCACUGAGAUAGAAUGGAGGUUCACUGAGGCAGGAGAGCGAGUACGGGUCUCCACGAGAUCAGGAAGAAUUAUCCCAAAGCCUGAAUUUCCUAGAGCUGAUGGCAUCGUCCCUGAAACAUGGACUGAUGGCCCCAAAGACACAUCAGUGGAAGACGCUCUUGAAAGAACCUAUGUGCCCUGUCUAAAGACACUGGAGGAAGAGGUGAUGGAGGCAAUGGGGAUCCAGGAGACCCGGAAACACAAGAAAGUCUAUUGGUAUUGAGCCUGGGGAGAGAGCUUCUCCCCAACUUCUCUGUCUUAACCUUGGAGGCUAUGGCUACCACUUCUCUAGAUUGCAAUAAAGA